UCGAUCAUGGGCUUCAACCUCUGCAUUACCCUUUUGUUCUUCUCCACGCUCAUCAGCUUCCUUUGCCAAACCCCAACUGAAGCUACUCCAAUUUACAUCGACCAUGCCUGCAUAAACACAACCGCUUUAACACCCAACAGCGCCUACCGAUCCAACCUCCUCCACCUCCUCUCUUACCUCUCCUCCAACGCCACCAACAACCUAGAAUUCUACAACGCCUCCGUUGGAAACUCCGUCGACACCGUUUACGGCCUCUUCCUGUGCCGCGGCAACGUCCCUGCCGCAGACUGCCGAGACUGUGUUGCUGUGGCAACCAAACAGUUACUCGACAGCUGCCCCACGGAGAAAGCGGCCGUGGUUUGGUACGCCGACUGCAUGUUACGCUACUCAAACCGGUAUAUCUUCUCCACCAUGGUCUCCGAACCUAGCUUUUCUAUUUCGACCCAACAAAACGUUUCGGAGCCUAACCGGUUUGACGACCUAGUGAUGGAAAUGAUGAAUGAUUUUGCAAGCCUUGUUACAAAAGUUGGGUCUGGAGCUAAGAAGUUUAGUACAAAAGAAGCGCAAUUCACAGUGUCACAAACGCUGAACACCAUUGUGCAGUGCACGCCGGACCUGUCGGGUUACGAUUGCAAUAGGUGUCUUCAGAUAGCGAUAAAGAAUCUGUCGGGUUGUUGCGGUGGAAAGGAAUCGGGCAUAGUUACGCUUCCGAGUUGCUAUCUUGCCUAUAAUGUGAACCAGCUUUACUUGACGGGAAACACAUCGGCACCAACGCCAAAUCCAGCUCCUGUUCCUCCACCUCCUAGUUCUGGAAAAGAUCAAAUCUCAUUGCCGGCAAUUAUCGCCAUUGUUGCUUCGAUUUCUGUUUGUGCGAUGUUAUUCGUCAUGGGCUACUGCUUCCUUAGAAGGAGAGCAAGAAAGAAUUACAAUGACAUUCAGGAAGGAGCUAAUGAUAUUACUACUUUAGAGUCCCUGCAAUUUGGUCUUGCUACAAUUGAAGCUGCCACCAACAACUUCUCAGAUGAUAACAAGCUUGGUGAAGGCGGAUUUGGUGCGGUUUACAAGGGGAUACUUUCUAAUGGACAAAAAAUAGCUGUAAAGAGGUUAUUAAAAAGUUCUGGACAAGGAGGAGGAGAAUUCAAAAAUGAGGUUGUAGUGGUUGCCAAACUUCAACACAAAAAUCUUGUAAGGCUAUUGGGAUUUUGCUUGGAAAGAGAAGAAAAGAUACUUGUCUACGAGUUUGUCGAGAACAAAAGUCUCGACUACUUUCUAUAUGACGUUGAAAAACAAAGACAACUGGAUUGGCCAACACGUUACAAAAUUAUUAAAGGGAUUGCUCGAGCAAUUAUUUAUCUUCAUGAAGAUUCUCGGCUUAGAAUUAUACAUCGUGAUCUUAAAGCUAGUAACAUUUUGUUAGAUGGGGAUAUGAAUCCAAAAGUUUCAGACUUUGGUAUGGCAAAGACUUUCGGAAUUGAUCAAACUCGAGGAAACACUAGUAAGAUUGCUGGCACAUUUGGUUAUAUGGCUCCAGAGUAUGCUAUACAUGGACAAUUCUCUGUAAAGUCAGACGUAUAUAGUUUUGGUGUCCUAAUUCUUGAAAUUAUAAGUGGAAAGAAGAUCAGUUCUUUCAAUCAAUCAGAUGGUACCGCUGGACACCUUUUGAGCCAUGCUUGGAAGCUUUGGAGGGAUGGAAUGCCCUUGGAUUUGUUGGAUCCAACAAUGGUAGACUCUUAUUUGAGAGAUGAAAUCAUUAAAUGUCUCCAUAUUGGCUUACUAUCUGUGCAGAAUGAUCCAGUUGAUAGGCCAACCAUAGAAUCAAUAAUUCUCAUGCUAAACAGUUACGCAAUUCCUCUGCCGUCACCUAAAGAACCAGCAUAUUUCUUUAGCAGUGUAGGAGAGCAAAACAUGCGAUCAAAUGAGAGAGAGUCAUAUCAAUCUACAAGCAAAUCACUGCCCAUUUCUGUCGAUGAAGCAUCUAUUACUGAUGUAUACCCGCGGUAGCAUUACGGUGGUUGAUGCUUGAUGCCAAAAUGAAUACAAAGAAAAUUGGGUGCAUCUCCCCUGUGCUUCGAACUUGACGCCCAUUCGUAAUUCUGUCUCUCAAGUAUUUGAGUUAUAAGAAGGUUUCUUUAAUUGCAGGUUGUUUUAUAUUUGGGGUCUUUGACUAUUAAGGAGUCUUUCAGUUGUUUUUCAUUAGGAGUCAAUUGUAA